AUGCGUCUUCUGCGACUUAAUUACACUGGGGAGCUUAGCCUUACAAAGGACUUAAAAGGCGAUGAUAUAAUCCCUCCAUAUGCGAUCCUCUCGCAUACUUGGCAGGAGGGCGAGGAGGUGACUUACGAUGAAUUGAUCAAGGGCAACAGCAAGAACAAAGUAGGCUACAGUAAGAUAAGGUUCUGUGCACAGCAGGCGAAGCGCGAUGAUCUUGAGUAUUUCUGGGUGGACACCUGCUGCAUCAACAAAGCAGAUCAAGUCGAACUCCGAGAGGCUAUAUCCUCCAUGUUCCGCUGGUACCAGAACGCGGCCAAAUGCUAUGUCUUCCUGUCGGAUGUCCCGUACAGUAAGCGAAAAGCAGACACUGGGCUUGAUGAGUACCUCUGGGCCGCAGCCUUUCGCGCGAGCCGAUGGUUCACUCGGGGUUGGACCCUCCAAGAGCUACUAGCGCCAGAAUCUGUGGAGUUCUUCUCGAAAGAAUGGAGGAGACUAGGCGACAAGACUUCGCUGCAGACACACAUCUGGGAAGCGACGAGAAUACCAAAUGCGGCGCUCCGAGGCGUUCCUUUGUUACAGUUCAGCAUCGAUGAGCGAAUGAAGUGGAGCGAACACCGGGAGACCAAAGUUCCCGAAGACCGAGCGUACUGUUUGAUAGGCAUUUUCGGAGUCCAGAUGACCCCAUUUUACGGCGAAGGCGUCAAUGGAGCAUUCACACGGCUUAUGAAUGAAGCCAAUAUCCUGAACAGGUGUCUUCAAGAGUUGCACCUUAGCGACCCUCACGAUGACAAGAAGCGCAUUGAGGAUACAAAGGGUGGCUUGCUGCAGGGCUCGUACUGCUGGGUCCUCGACAACGCCAGCUUCCAGCAAUGGCGCGAUGGUGCGCAGAGCCGACUGCUGUGGAUUAAAGGCGAUGCUGGCAAAGGAAAGACGAUGCUACUCUGCGGUAUCGUCGGCGAGCUAAAGAAAUCGACGGCCAGCUUUCUCUCUUUCUUCUUCUGCCAAAGUACUGACUCCCGCCUCAACAGCACCACUGCCGUGCUGCGCGGCUUGAUCUACCUGCUCGUCAGGCAGCAGCCAUCGCUGGUGUCGCACCUGCGGAAGAGGUACGAUCAAGCAGGUGGUGCUCUUUUCCAAGACGCUAACGCCUGGGUGGCCUUGUCCGACAUCUUUACAAGCAUGGUGCAGGACGCGGACCUCAAGACAAGCUACCUAGUUGUGGACGCUCUUGAUGAGUGCGUAGUGGACCUUUCCAAGCUUCUAGACCUGAUCGUCCGCACCAUCGCGUCCUCGACCCGCGUAAAGUGGCUUGUGUCGAGUCGAAACGAGGCCCACAUCGAGCAUAAGCUCAAGUCGGUCGGCGGUAAAAAAAAGCUGAGUCUGGAGGUGAAGCAUAACGCAGAGCAGGUGGCUCGAGCCGUAGACAUGUAUAUCGACCACAAGCUGUCUCGUCUCGAGUCGCUCAGAGAGGAUAGUCGGCGAGAGCAGGUGCGAGAUGAGCUGCGACACAAGGCAAACGGCACCUUUCUGUGGGUCGCUUUCGUAGUCCAAGAGCUCGAGGGGCCUGAGAGCUGGGACCCUUUGGAGGUGGUGAAAGAAGCGCCAGCAGGUCUGGAUCAGCUGUACGACAACAUGAUGGACCGGAUUCAGCAGUUGAAGAGGAGCGCCAAGAUCUGCCAGCUUCUGCUCUCCACCGCAGCGGUCGCAUACCGUCCACUCUACCUUGCUGAGAUGGGCAGCUUGCGCGGACUGGCAGGUCAGGGUACGGUGCUGGCAGAGACUGUGAGAAAGAUUGUAGCCAUGUGCGGUUCGUUCCUCACGGUUCACGACGGGCGGGUCUACCUGGUUCAUCAAUCAGCCAAGGACUAUCUGAGCGGCAAGAUGCGAGCCGCGGCCCUUCCAUCUCAGAGCGAGAUACACCAUGACCUGUUCUCUCGGUCGCUCAAGCUCAUGUCCAACACGCUGAAACGCGAUAUGUAUAAUUUGGUAGAGCUAGGCUUCCCGAUCGACGAGGUUGAAAUACCUGAUCCUGAUCCGCUAGCGACUGCGCGCUACUCGUGCGUCCACUGGGUCGACCACCUAUGCAACUCGAAUCCCGUAUCUUCAGCGAGCCAUGCAGAAGAACUGCGAGACCGAGGCGUUGUCCAUGUGUUCAUGAGAGAGAAGUUCUUGUACUGGCUAGAAGCCCUUAGCCUUUGCAAGAGUAUGCCAAAAGCUGUAGUCUCGAUGGCAAAACUACGGUCGCUCGUUCAGGGAAGAGAAAAGACAGCUAUGUUCACUGAGCUUGUUCAUGAUGCACAUCGAUUUGUCAUGUAUCACAAAGGGGUAAUUGAGAGCAGCCCUCUCCAGGCAUAUACAUCUGCGCUGUUAUUCAGCCCAACAGGGAGCUUGGUGAGAAUGCUGUUUCAGCACGAAGAGCCGGAAUGUAUGACUAUCAAGCCGGCUAUGGACGACGGUUGGAGCGCGUGCCUGCAGACGCUCGAGGGUCAUUCGGAUGUCGUUACUGAUGUGGCCUUCUCGCCUGAUGGCAAACUACUAGCAUCAGCAUCGAUGGAUAGGACGGUUAAACUAUGGGAUGUCGGCAGGGGACUGACGAUGCACAGGUGCGAAAGCCAUUCAAGCCCUGUUAUUGCAUUCAUCUUCAUAAAGGAUGGCACGAUGCUGGUGUCCGCGUCUGACGACCUUACGAUUAAGCUAUGGGACAUCAGAACAGGGGAACGGCCCCUUACAGUCAAUUGCUGUUCUGAUCCCGUCAUCCGCGCCGCUUUCUCGCCGAACGGGAAACUGCUAGCAUCCAUAUCGGACGACGGAAGGCUCAAAUUGUGGGAUACCAGCACAGGAAUAAGUGUUCAGACGAUCGAAGAUAUAUACGACACUAGCCCUGUAACCUUUGCGCUUGAUGGAAUGCUAGUAGCGUUGUUGUGGGACAAAUCAGUUGGGGUAUGGGACACCAGCACAGGGGUAAUGAUUAUGACGCUCAAGAACCAUUCAGAUGUCACUGCGAUCACAUCCUCGCCGAACGGUAUGCUGCUAGCAUUAGCACUGGGCGACGGGACUAUCAGGACAAUUAACAUCAGCACGGAAGCUACGAUCCAGGUGCUGGAAGGAAGUUCCGAGUACGCCCAAGAGAUUGCUUUCUCCCCAGACAGCAAGCUGCUUGUGUCUGCAUCCUACAAUGGAACAGUUGAGUUGUGGGAUACCAAGACUGGAUUGCGUGUCCAGACACUCCAAAGCUAUUCGGAUGAUGUCAGUGCCGUCGCGUUCUCGCCGGAAAGCAAGCUACUAGCUUCGGCGUCGUACGACGGUAAGAUCAGACUAUGGACCGUUAGGAUGAGAGCCUCGGUUCAGACGUCUGAAGAUUAUUCAGGUUAUACCAGCCCCGUCACAUUCUCGCCGGACGGCACGCUACUAGCGUCAGCAUUAGGCUAUGGGAUGGUCAAACUGUGGAACAUUUGCACGGGCGCAGAGAUGAUGCUCGAGGGCCAUUCGAACCGUGUCGACGCGUUGGCCUUCUCGCCGAACGGCAAGCUGCUGGCGUCGGCAUCGAGAGACAAAACAGUCAGAGUAUGGGACGUUGGCAAGGGAUCUCAGACACUGCAAAGCUCUUCGGGCUCCAUCACUGUCGUAGCCUUCUCGCCGGACAGCAAGCUGCUGGCAUAUGCAUCGGAUGAAAGGAUAGUCAAGCUGUGGGACACCGGCACGGGCACGGAAUUGAAGAGGUUUGAGGGACAUUCGGGCUGGGUCGACUCGUUGGCCUUCUCACCAAACGGAGAUCUGCUGGCGUCGGCAUCGAAGGACAAUACAGUCAGAAUAUGGGACGUUAAGACGGGCACGGAGAUGAAGACAUUCGAAGGCGAUUCGAUCAGGCCUCCAUUUGGCUGGCACACCGCCGUGGCAUUCUCGCCGGACGCCAAACUUGUGGCGUCGGCAGCGGACGGCAGGACAGUCAAAUUAUGGAAAGUCGGCACGAGGGCGGAGACGGAGGCGUUCGAGGGCAAUUCAAGCCAUGUCAGCGCUCUGGCCUUCUCGCUGGAUGGUAAACUGCUGGCGGCGGCAACUCACGAUAGGACGGUCACACUUUGGGACGUGAACGCAGGAGCAGUGAUUCAGACUCUUAACGCCGAUGCCGUUCUUCGCAUCCUCUCAUUUUCUGACGAUGGUGCAUUCCUCCAAAGUGAUAGAGGAACGCUAUCCCUCUCGUUUCUUUCCACUUAUCAGUCAACUCCUAGACGCGAAUAUAUGUCUUCUGUAUAUAUCAAGGACCAAUGGGUAAGCCACGGCGCAGGUAAUAUUCUUUGGCUACCUCCUGACUAUCGGCCAAGCAAAGUUGCUGCUCACAAGAAUAUUGUUGCUUUUAGUUGUAGGUCUGGUCGAGUGUUAAUUAUGGAAUUCACUUUCUGA